CAGACAGUGUCGAGAAUUCACUUCAACAGCAGGAUUAACGAGUGUAUAAGAAGAUGGCUCCACCACUGCUGAAAUGCAGUCUGUUUAUCCUGUUGACGUUCAACUUAAAGCUUGAUCCUGUGGGGGCAAAAGGAAAUGGGCCAGUGUUACAGAGACAGAAGAGAGAAUGGAUCAUUGCUCCCAGAAAGCUUAAGGAGAACCAUGAUUACACUGGCUUGGAGAGUAUCGCUAGAAUUCGUUCUGAUAAAGAGAAUUAUACACAGAUAGUCUAUUCACUAACAGGGCCUGGUGUUGACCAGCCCCCUACUGGUGUAUUUGGUGUCAACCAUCAAAAUGGUUAUGUAAAAAUCUUCUCCAUUUUGGACCGUGAGGCGAUGCCCUUCUAUCAUCUGAAAGGUAUGGCAAAAUACCAGAACGGGACCCCCGCAGAAAAGGAUAUUGACCUUAAAAUUACUGUUUUGGAUGAGAAUGACUGUCCACCAGUCAUUAAAGUGCAGCAAGUUGGAUAUGUCAAUGAAUCUAGUGCAGCAGGCACUGUUGUCAUGAAAGUGAUAGCGACUGACGCGGAUCAAGAGAACACACUCAACUCCAUGAUCUACUACCGCAUUGUGGAAAAGAGUAAUGUAGGUGGGAUGUUCAGCAUCAACUCUCAGACCGGAGAAGUCAUAGUCAAGCGGAACACUCUUGAUAGGGAGACAAAAGAUACAUAUAAGUUGAUUAUAGAAGCCUCUGACCGAAAUGGACAAGCUGGAGGAAACAAAGGAACCGGAGAAAUUGAGAUAAAACUUGUGGACAUAAAUGACAAUGUUCCCACCCUGGAAAAGGAAUUUUAUGAGGGGAGUGUGGAGGAGAAUACCAUCAAUGUGGAAGUGAUGAGGAUCAAAGCUGUUGACAUGGAUUUGAUUCACACUGACAACUGGCUAGCAGUCUUCCAAAUAGUUACUGGGAAUGAGGCUGGCUAUUUCAGCAUCACUACUGAUUCUAAGACCAACGAGGGAAUUAUCAUGAUUCACAAGGCUCUGGACUAUGAGGAAAUGAAGCAACUCCACUUGGAAGUGGCUGUUUCCAACAAAGCAGCAUAUAAUUUUGGCAGUGGAAGCACAUCAAGCACCACAAUCUCAAAAUCCUACCCCAUUAAAAUCAAUGUGAUCAAUCAGAAGGAAGGCCCCCGUUUCCAACCAACUGUCAAAGUGGUGUCCAUCUCUGAGGACCACUCUUCCGUUUUCUUAAACAAAGUCAUUGCCACCUAUGCUGCUAUUGACAGUGACACGUUAAAGACCGCCACCAAUGUUAGGUAUGCAAAAAUCCGUGAUGAUGACAACUGGUUGAUUAUUGAUGAGAAAACAGCAGAUAUCAAACUGAAUAAAUUGCCUGACAGAGAGUCCAAGUACUUGGUCAAUGGAACAUAUUAUGCCAAAAUAAUAUGUAUCACCACUGAUACUCCCUCAAAAACUGCCACAGGGACCAUAGCCAUUCAGGUCGAGGACUUUAAUGAUCACUGUCCGAAACUGAUUGCUACAACUCAUACCAUGUGCAUUGAGGAUAAUGUGAUCUACGCCACAGCCAAAGAUGAAGAUGAGUUCCCUAAUUCAGCACCAUUUGAGUUUACAGUGAUUCCAGGGAGCACCAAAGGGAAAUGGACAGUGGAGUAUCUAAAUGAAACCACCGCCAUUCUGCGAGAUCAAGCCAACCUGUGGCCAGGCAUAUACAAAGUGGCAUUGGAGGUCAAAGAUCAGCAGGGAAAGUCAUGCACCGAUGUUCAGAUGAUGGACAUAACUGUGUGCACUUGUCAUGAAAACACCAAAACUUGUUUGUCUCGUAGUACAACGACUGCAGGUUUUGGAUCUGCAGGUGUCCUACUAUUGCUGCUGGGACUGCUGCUGCUUCUACUGGUGCCUCUUCUGCUGAUGUUCUGCUUGUGUGGAGGUGCAGCAGCUAUGGGAAACUUCAAGGCCAUUCCAUAUGAUACUAAACAACAGCUUAUCUCAUAUCACACUGAAGGACAGGGAGAAGACAAGGAAAUUCCUCUCCUACAUGUCCCAGUCGAAGUCGAUGGUGGAGUAAUGAAUGCCCAGAACCUCAACACCUAUAAUACACAGGGGUACCUAGGAGGACUGACUGAAUUUGGAGGAGCAGCAGGCGGGGCAGCGGGCGGGGCAGCAGGCGGAGCAGCCUUCGGUGGUGCCUUUAACACUUCCACCUUGACAGCUGAGAACAUGCACCUGUACAACCAAUAUAAGCACUCCACUGGGCACAUGAACAUGGAUGCUGGGAUGAUGACAGGACAAGAACACCACUACCAAUACGGAGCUGGGGCCUUUGAUGGGAUGGCUCUAUCUGAUCACUUCCUGGGAGAGUAUUAUUUAAGUAAAUCGGACCAUGCUACACAGCAAUCCCAGCAGAAGGAUAAUCUUCUGAUAUAUGACUAUGAGGGUCAGGAGUCACUGGCAGGUUCAAUUGGCUGCUGCAGCCUUCUUGACAAUGAUGAUGACCUUGCGUUCCUGAAUGACCUUGGGCCUAAAUUCAAAACCCUGGCUGAAAUUUGUCAGGGAUCUACCUUUGUGAUGGAGUCGAUGGGUGCAGAGGUUUCUAUGUCUCCACCCAGACCAGUGUCUCCCAUCAGGCCCUCCACCCACACACACAUCCAUACACACACAGAAACAAUCAGGGACAGGGACCAUGUCAACCUCAACACCCUCAACACCUCCAAUGUAGCGUCCGGAUCAUCCACCAUUUUUCAAGAGCAGCAUCUCACUGAGAGAACCCAUGGUUUAGCCACUGUUCCCAAGGUACAUGUCCAGGACAAUGUUGUGAUUCCCAGUCAGACACUGCUCGUACAACAGCCAGCUAUGUACUACGCUGCCACGCCCAUGUAUGUAGUUGACUCCAAGCCCCAAGUAGUGCUUGUUGCAGGGGGUGCCCAGCAGGCAGUGGGUCAAGUAGCUCAGGUCGGGCUAAGUCAAGGCCUAAUGCAAGUUGGAGGCCUGCAAGGUGCUCAGGGUGCAGUACUUGUAGAAAGGCAAGUAGGAAUGGGUGGAGUAACAGGGCAGGCUGCACAAGGGCUAAGUCAAGGCCUAAUGCAAGUUGGAGGCCUGCAAGCUACUCAGGGUGCAGUACUUGUAGAAAGGCAAGUAGGAAUGGGUGGAGUGACAGGGCAGGCUGCACAAGGCCUCUCAUUAGGAACCCUCACCAGGCCCACACAAAUGUUCGUAGUGGAGAACGGGUCUUCAGGUGGAGGGCAAGGUGCACACUUAGUACAGACAUUUGUUCAAACAGGGCAGGAAUCUACAGAGCAGGGCUUGGCGGUCAAAGGUCAAGGCAUGCAAAUGAAAAGUUUUACACAGGGUUCACAUGGUUCUACAGGGUCAGAUGAAGGCUUUGUCCUGACAGCCACACCCAAUCUCCAAGGAAGCCAGAGAGUAGUUGUGCAACAUAAGAAGGUUUCAGUCACUGAGAGAAAUGUUGAAUCUAGUUCCAGAGCAUAAAGCAUCUCAUUCGCAUCAAAUUUCACACUUGCUUUGAUAUAUACUGAAGUAUAUUUCAGUCUACUAAAAUAUUCAGCAGUAUAAUCAUAGAUAUUUGUUCAUACAAUUGGUAGUUUGUUAAAUUGUUAACUUCUAAAAGGAUAGUUUUGUUUGCUUGAUGAGAAGUGUAAUACUGUAUGUCCUCAUCUAGUAAUAAAACUACUCAAACUACUAAGUGGUACAGUACUGACUACAUGUCUAUCAUGGCCAUAAAAGUGCAUUCACUUUUUGAAAGUUACCUACCAGAAUGUGGCUUUGUCACAGUAUUGGUGCAAAUUGGAAUUAAACAACAGAUUUAAAAGGCAUUACAUGACUUCCCCAGUUGAGGGAACCCUUGGCAAAAUAUGAAAUGUGACUUCCCUCUCUAAGAAAACUGUAUUUAUUUCAGGUACAAAAGUAGUAUGGCUUCAGGGUGGGAACAGCCAAAGUUAACAAAGCACAACCAGUCUGUCCUAUAGUGUAUAUUUACCCACCAAACUAAAACUACCAACAUUUAACCAAAACUCCCAACACAGGAAAAGCUAAGUACAUUCACAAAGCCUACCCAGUGCUCUUCCUGAUUAGAACAACACAGGACACAACUGUAUAGGAUUAUUUUCAGAACCUGUUUUCUUAUGAAAUGAUUCAAAUAAUCCUGAUUCCGCAUCCAAGUUCCGAUUGAAAAUGACUGUAAUUAUACUGUAAAUCAAUCCUCUUGAGAAGCUCACUAUCAUUUUGAGAGUGACUAGAGCAGAAGUAGAACAAAGUUUCUGUAGAUAGUAUCAUUUUGCCUUUAUCCAUUUUGGCUUUGCACAUAAAAUUCAACACUGAAAACUGACUUGUAGCAGUGUUGUGUUUUUUCUAUUAAUGCUUGGGUUUCAAUUUAUCAUGUUUUAACUUUUGCCAUGCCAGAAGCUGUCCUGCUGACAUUUAGAUUGUUGAACUUAGAUACACUUUAACUAAUGAGGAACUGCUGUAUGGGUGGCCACUGCUUCCUUGGAAACUUGCACUGUAUAGCCGUCGAAAGCACCGAAAAAAUUGCAGAAGAAUCAAUGCAUGAGUGUUUAAACUAUUUAGGGCACCAAGUAAAUGAACUGUUUAUUCAGUAGAUGACAGAGCUGUUACAAACUUUAAAACCGACUACAAAAAUUCUGUGUUUUACUGUAGCACUCCUCUUAUUAUUUCUAUGGAAUAUGUGUGUGUUUCUAUGUAAACCCAGUACUAAUUCCAAAAGACCUUUGGUGCCAAAGCUACACAAAUUGUGUAAACAGCAUUAUGACACUACUUUUUAAAAAUGUAUAUUGUGCCAUAAUUCCCAUGUACUUUUAUUAUGUUGUUUUCAUUGUGUGUUAGUGUGUGUGUGUAAAUAUAUCAUGAUUUGGGUAUGUGAAUUGGUAUUAAUCAAGGAUCGCUUGCCAAGCACUGAGAAUAUUUGAUAGAGUGACUUACUGACAAUAUUGCUGCUCUUGCUAUUGAUGUGUGUGCAUUUUUCAUCUCACCUGGGAGCUCUAGUUUCUAUUAUUUUGUAUGUAUAUAGAAUGUGUUGCUUAAGAACAGUGGAGUAUAAGCAAAAGUAGCAGACAUAAUAAUGCUAAUGUUUUUAUUUUUCAAGUUUUACAUGUCUCAUAAUAAAAAAGAAUUAAA